AUGGAGAGAAAACUUAGGAAGUGUUCGCAGUGUGGGAGCACCGGACACAACUAUAGGACGUGUAAUAAUAUUACCACUGUCAGUGAUCGGAGUGACGUCCGAGUGAAGCUCUUCGGCGUCUAUUUGACAAACGGAGGAGAUGCUCCUGUAAAGAACAACCUUAGAUUAAACGAGGCUGCUCAUGUAAAAAAUAAAGGGAGGACGUGGAGUGAGGAAGAGCACAGACAAUUUCUAGUUGGUCUGAAGGAGCUCGGGAAAGGUGAUUGGAAAGGAAUUUCAAACAAGUUUGUGAGCACUAGGACCUCAACCCAGGUUGCUACUCAUGCACAAAAAUAUUUCCUCAGACAGGCUGCCAUUGAUAAGAAGAUCACACGCAAACCAAGCCUAUUUGAUAUGUCUCUCCAACAACCUGAACCAGUAAGUACUCAGGAAGAUUCUUUAGUUCCUACAGAAAAAAGUAUGUCUGAACCGUCAUCAGAGCCAGAGGCUACAACCCCAGAUGAUCCGAAUGUGAAUCAAUUCCCAAACGUCUGCUUGGAUAUUCCACCACUUGCUCAAAUAACGUCCCCAACAUAUGGUGCACCAAAUUACAGUGGUAUUCCAUAUACGGAGGCGGGAAUGCUUAGCAAUGUGCCCUUCAUCGCAACGGUAGACUAUGGUAGCCCAAGCUCUCGCUAUACGCAUGGAACUCAGCUAGAAUUUGCUACUAAUUACGCUCUUGUAAUAAUCCAUCCAUCUCACAUUCCUUUACCACCGUCGUCUAUCACAGUCAAGAUCAAAGGCUUCAUACGUGUCUAG